CGUAAAUCCAUAUGAUCCGAUCCAAAAUUAAUUUAUUUUAUUUUUUAAGUACAUUACUACCGAGUGAUAACCUUUAAUGUCAACCAAGUAUAAAAAUACGUAAAGAAAAAUGGCUAAUACGUUCAAAUACCUCAAUAAAUUACCUCAAAAUAUCAGGUCUUUAUCGACGUCGUCUAGCAAAAGCGACGCCUGGCUAUCCAAGAUAUUCGUCAGGAAAAUCGAGCCGACAAAGGAAUCCCACAGUCGCAUGUUGAGCGACAAAGAAAUCAUUUAUUCCUUGCAAACGCACAAUUACCGGCCCGAUUCCAAGGUGGCUUAUUUACAAAACGUGAAAAACACGCUAGAUUUCAUCAAAGCCGAAAGCAGUCUAUCGAAAGACGUAGAAUUAGUCGGGUCGUGGACAGUCAACGUCGGAGACCAAGACCAGGCCUUGCAUUUGUGGAAAUUCACCGGCGGGUACGAGAAAAUCGACCAAUACAACGAAUUCGUCGGGAAAAAUAAGGAUUACCAGCGGCUGAUCGAGGAACAGGGCAAGAUAGUGCGCUCGCGCCACCUGCAGUACCUGCUGGCGUUCAGCUACUGGCCCCAGAUAGCGCUCCGGCGGCCGAACAACAUCUACGAAAUUCGCAGCUACGCCCUGAAGCCGGGCACGAUGAUCGAAUGGGGCAACAAUUGGGCGCGCGCCAUCAACUUCAGGCAGAACAACGACGAGGCGUUCGCGGGGUUCUUCUCGCAGAUCGGCCGAUUGUACAACGUCCAUCACAUUUGGUGUUAUAACAAUUUGAACGGGAGGAAGGAGACGAGGGAGAGCGCCUGGAGGUCGCCCGGUUGGGACGAGUGCGUCGCCUAUACGGUACCGCUGAUCAGGGAAAUGCAUUGUCGCAUAAUGGUACCGACUGAAUUCUCGCCCACUCAAUAAGUACCUACGAUCCGCGAGAGUACCGCAAUCUAGGAGGUUUUGCUCAAUGGAAAUUGUUAUCUAGGGAGGCGUUGGAUAUGCAUUUACGAGGGUAAGGUGAGAAGUUCUCGGCCUGACGGUGAAAGACCGCCAUUUUCAAUUGAAAAUUUACAUUAUUCUUCUUAUCAAGUCGAAAUGUUUAGUUCGAUACAGUUCUAAAUUAUUUUGGGGCGUUCUAAAUGGCUCUAGUUGAUUCUGGAGCAUCCCAAAUGGUUCUAGACAGUUCUAAAUGAUUCUGGAGCGUUCUAAAU